CAGCGACUUCAAUAAUUACCGUUAACAUUUUGAAAACGUGCGCAGGCGUGUUCAGCUAAUAAGCACAUUAAAAUUGGUUGAAUAUUGUAAAUAUAUAUAUAUUUGGAGAGCAUGGCAAAUUUCAAUUCGCUGCUAUUGCUGCUGCUGCUGCCCUUAUUUUUGCUAAUUGUUUCAUUAGACGCCACAGUGCAGCCGCGAGCGCCCAACUUUCAAUACUUCGAACGUCCCAAAUAUCGCUAUCCGUAUUAUGAUGAAAAUGGUCGUGGCAAAUUAUUGUAUGGCUAUGGCGGACCUGAUCUGUACCAAUACAAAACAUAUACACCACUGGAGGGCAUUCAUUGAGCAGCAUUAGUCUAUGUAUAAUUGUAUUGGCAUUGUAGUUAAUUUAUAUUUUUUUAAAUCAACGCAUUUAAAAAUUAAAUUUGUGCGCGCCAAAAGGCUGGCACU